GCUUUGUCUCCAACAUUCAUUUGCAUUUCACAGUACUAGCCAGUAUUGACUUAGUUUCAAGUCGGUUGGUUGGUGUGAGAUAGUGGACAGCGUUAAGACAGCAUACCUGGUACUAGCUAGUAGCCAUCAUGAGUGAUUCUCCAGCUUCGAAACGAGCCAAGCUUUGUUCAGAUGACAAGGAGAAGGAGAAGAAUGGCAAUGAGAAAGGUGAUCUGUCCGCCGUGGCGCAAUCCGCGUGGGAACAUUAUCGAAACUUUGUCGAUUCUGUGGAAGCCACACAAGGCAUGAUGGGUGCGGAAGGAGGAGAUUUGGAUGAACUCGAAGAAUUGCUGAAUGAGAUCCUCAAACCUUACAUGAACAAACAGAUCCAACCGUUGGCAUCACUCGACCAACUUGUCCAGAACAAGUCUCUCACGAUCGAAUCCCUCCUUCCCGUGUUGAUCAGUGUGGUAUACUACCAUUUGGCCGAUUCGGCCAUUGCCGAAUGUCUCGAGUUUCAAGAAGCAGACAAAAGCGACAAAAGCAACAACAACAACAACAACAAGGACAAACAGACACUCAUCACCCAAUGUCAGCAGUUGAUCGAGAAAUCAAUCCAUUGGUACCCUCAAAACGCCGCCAUGUGGUCCAUGGCAGCCAAUUUUGGGCGCAUGCUACAAGUACUACGGCCGUCUGCCAUUUGUACAUGGUACCAAAAUGCAGCUGAAUGUGCCCUUCAAGUACAGCAGGUGGCUCUACCCUUCUUACAGCAGGACGACACGGACAACAACAAACUAACCAAGGAAUGGAUCGAGCUGUUGCUAUUGAAUCAAGUCUGUGCCAUUGAUUAUGUCGGAGACGAAGAAGAGGAGGACGAUGAUCAUGAUCAUGGCAAGAAGGAAAACAACGAAGAAGACUUGACCGAGAAAGAUGAGGAAGAUGACAACGGAUACUUUUCAAGUUCAGCCGUCGAAGCUACCUCCCGAUUCAUGGCCGCCAUGCUCCUCUCCACAGUGGGAAAACAGAAGCAAGCACUCAAACAACUCGAAAAGUUUCCCAUCACCCAUCGCAUCCAUCCCAAUGUGUGGCAGCCGAAUGCAAACACUAACAACAAUGAUUCUUCCGUGGUCGUCCAGUAUCGAGCAAAAGACAAAGGAGUCCUUCCCCAACAACUCUACGAUCGAAUCUGUCGAGUAUUUGCACCCAAGGCAGGCUAUUGGACCGAAAGCGAUUACAAUCACCGUGGAUACUAUUCCUACUUUAGGGACAUGCCCGAGACGAAACAACAAGAUCAGUUUGUCGUCUCGAACGUUAUUGAUGAUGUCAUUUGGAAUCAUUUGUAUCCAUUGGUGCUAAAACAACAACAGCAACGACGACAACAACAACAACAACAACAACAAAAGCAAAACCAGCAAUCGGAAGAAAUUUGUGGGGCGGAGUGGUGGGUUCACACUCGACCGGUCCAAGCCAACCUGGGGCACAAUCUACACUUUGAUACUGAUGAGGCCUUGCUGUUGCAGGAGGGGGAGAUCACGCAUCCCAUCUACAGCAGCGUUUUGUAUCUCACGGGAGGCAAAGCGGGUGGUGGUGCCACGAUUGUUUUGGAUCAAACACCCAACUCGGAAGAGAUAGCCUCCAAGGUUUGGAGAUGUGUACCCCAAGACAACACGUUGCUGGUAUUCCCAGGCAAUCUAUUGCAUGGAGUAUUGCCGUGUCCUGGGAUUGGGGCGGACAAGGGAGAACCAGACGAUAUCGAAAAGAAAGAGUCAAUCAACUCAGACGUCAUCUCGAAAGCGUGGACUGGGGUUGACCACAACAACAACACAAAAGAUUCGAUUGGGACCGGUGAGAAAAACCAUCGAUUGACCUUUUUGGUAGGUUUUUGGACUCGAAAAGUUCCCGAGAAAAUGAAGAAAAUCAGACUCUACGGACCCUGCGGGCCUCUCCCACCUCGUCCAGUACAAGAGCCAGAGAACAAGGCAUCGAAGCAAUCAGAGAAGAAAAAUGACACUGAUGACAAUGAAGAGGACGAGAUGGUUCACAAAUGGGUCGACGAAAUACAUCAAGGGUAUGACGAGUUCAAACCACAAUCUGCUAUGGAUACCGUUACCUCCAGUUUGCCGUGCAUCUCUCCAGCUUGGGACCGAAUAAACAACAACACAAACAAUGCCGAAACGGACCCACACAAGUUGUUAGAGAUACCAAAACCCAUAGACCAUCGCUUCUUUGUUGCCGAUCCUCCCCAGUGUUUUCGCGACAGUCUGUUUGAGAGAGACGAGGAGGACGAUGAUGACGAUGAAGUGGAAAUGGUUGAAGUGGUGUCGGAAGAAGACUAGCAUCUUUCUCUUUUGGUCUUGAACCACAGUGGCAAUUCGAUGGUUGCAUCACCAACAUUGCGGCAUCCACCACGAACAGUUACAUAAUUGAAUCCUCUGUCAAUCUCUUGCUAUGGAAGCGUCAAGGAGCCGUGCAUUUACUGGUCUUGAGCCCAAAUCGAAUCGAAUCCACCAGCUUGCUGCAAUGCUGCAAUGGGUACUGAUACUGCGCAUGUAGAGAAACCAGAUGGUGAUAUUUCAACGAGCUAUUUGAAGGCAAAGAGAUGGCUAAUGUUUCAGUAGUUUUAUAAUGUUAUUGUUGGUGGGGCAUUUACAGGCUACUAGCUAAUAGUUAAGAGAGAGAAAGCUGAUGAUGUUUCAAUGAGGGAUCUAAUAUUAUUUCAAAUUACAGAAUGGCUAAUGUAGCCAUUGCACAAAUGGUUUCCCGACUCGACUCAGUGAUGGCCUCCAACCUGAGAAUCGCCCCAACAUCGAAUUCGUACGAUUGUAGUAUGGGCUGUCAAAAUCGAAAUAGACAGCCUUGGUGUUGUCUUCCCAACAUGGUACCGGUACUCCCAAGUCAGGUGUCUAGCUUCGCUCUCCACGGAUUUUGCGCGCCAACUGGAUAUCCUUCGGCAUGAUAGUCACACGCUUGGCAUGGAUGGCACAGAGAUUGGCAUCUUCAAACAUUCCAAUCAUGUAGGCUUCGGCAGAUUCCUGGAGAGCCAGAAGCGCCGAUUCUUGGAAUCUGGAAGAAAGACAAUGGAGAAGGCGUGCUGUGAGUUCGCUGAUAAUGCCAUGGCUGCAAUCUCUUCCAACCAACCCAACAAGGUAUUG